AUGAUGUCAAGAGGAAAAAAACUAGUAUCUUUAGUGGCCGUAAAUUGUGAAAAGGUUUCUGAAAAUGAACAAAGUUCACAUGCAGGCCUGGUAGAUAUUCAAGAAAUUCAAUCUACAUCUUAUAACAACGCGGAUGCUAUAGACUUUCAUCAUUCACAAAUUCAUGAUGGUCCGGGUAACGAAACGUUCUUCAAUAGUCUCAUUAAAUCUACGGCAUGCUGUUCUAAAUACCAAAAAGGCGAAGAUUCUGAUGAUAAUGUUGAAACAGAAUUGGAAAGUUUAUUUGGAGAUGUUUUCGAUGCUGACGACCCAACUUAUCGCCUGCCAAUUUUCUCUCACCAACUGGAAAACGAAAAUUCCAACAAUCUUGUAACAUUAGAAGAUUUACUAGGAAACAAAGAAAAUUUUAAUGCUGAAAAGUUUGAUGUCGAGCACAUACAGAACAAUAUUGAAGUUUUUGACCAAGGUUAUGAACAACAUCGCGAAAUUACAGCUAUAAUUGAAGAUAUUUUGGAUGAGGUUUUUAAAAAAGCUUGGUUACUUAUUGAACCGUUAAAAAGAUGGCGAAAAUCAGACCCAAGCAGUUGGGCUCGUAAUGUAGUUAAGAAAAAGACAAGCAGAUGGAAAGAUCAAUGCUUAAUAUGCACUAAUUAUGCUAAAGCAGAUACAGAGAAAAAAAGAGAACUUGAAGAUGACUACCUAGCUCACCAAGAAAGAAAGAAAAUUUGCAAUCGAGAAAAAGAGAAGGAUAAAGUUAGAUCAAACACAGAUGAGCAUUUUAGCUCUGUAACAUUUGAUUUGCAAGCAGUACUUCAAAUACCUGCCAGCGACGUAGACACUUGUGGUGGCCAAAACCGAAACCAAUUUGUGGCUGCUUUGCUUCUUUGGGCAGUCCAAAAAAUUGACCACCUUAAAGUCAUAGAACAAAAGUUUUUAGAAUCUGGGCACACGCAAAUGGAAGCAGAUUCUAUGCACAGUAGUAUAGAAUUUGCAAAAAAAAAUACCUCUGUUUUUUCCAUGAUGGAAUGGAUUUCUAUUUUCAAACGUGCUAGACGCAGGCAAAGUAUUAAAAUUGAUGGUAAGAAAAUGACAAGAGAACCAUACCAUGUAAAAGAAUUUAAGUAUGAUGAGUUCCUUGACCUGAAGCACCUUGCAGGUGAGAUUAUGAAAAAAUAG